CCGGGCACGCCACGCGCACGUUUCCUUACGCGUUCGCGUUGGAGAGGCGCAGCGGCGCGCUCAGGGGGCAGCCGCUGGUCAGCGCUGCGCACUGGGGACAGCACGCCCACACUUCUUCUAGACGCAGGGGUGGUGGGCUCUCCAGCUCCAGUGGGGCCUCUCCCCAAGUCUGUGACAUCGUCCAACAGAGGUUGGGGCGUGAAACUAAUUUCCUGGUUUACUUAGCCCGUGUCUGGAUGCCCAGCUGGCGGCUUGUUCCCUCCAUAAGCAGAGGCCCUUGGAUGACUAGAACGAGGUGACGAACAGAUACUCCUUGGCCUGCACGCUGCCUUUGAGCCCCUCAUUUUCCAUCCCGAAUAUCUGCAAGGACUUGAUGAUAAAAAACGAGUUACCGGUUAUUACAAAAUCAAGUGCAAAUACGAGCGAUAAUUUUUAGUUGAAAUGGCCAUCUAUUGCCUCCCCUGAGGGUUCCACGUGUUCCAAAUGGACGCGUUUAUAAGCGUUUUAGCAGCCUGGACGGGGAGGGAGCCAAGUAUUGCCACCAAGGUGCCCGCGGAGCAGAACGUCCGGUGGCGAGUGUGAAGGGCACAGGGUGAACUUGCUGCUCCAGCAGGGCUGUGCCCGCAGACUGAUGAAUUCUGGGACGUGCCCUCUGCUGCUGCGGCGAGAUCAACCUUACGUGGCGCCAGUGCGGUCUCCGCCACCGCCGCUUUCUGCCAAGCUCAGGGAAGUAGGGUUGUGAACACUCCCUCAUGGAAAAUACUUGCCACCUCUGCGCGCUCUGUGCUGCAGAAGACGGCCGCUCGCUUCCUAUGAGAGGGACGGGGGCCAGACUUUUGCCAGAAGAGCAGGGGGACCCGUUCCAGAGUAACUGGUGCCAGCACUUGGCAGAUGUGCCAACAGGGACAUCGAGAGAGGUGGAGCAUUUCAGAGCUGAGAGAGCGAACCAGCGUCUCAGGGUGUCGAUGGUUCAGACGGCAGUUGACUUGGCCAUGAUGCUAUUACUGCCCUUCCGGUUCUGACUGUGAGAAGUUGCUCAGGACAGAGAAGCGAGCAGCGCCUCUGAGCUCGGACCGCAGACCGCGGCCUUCCAGCGACAGUGCUGGUCGCGGCCACUUCUUCCCAGUGUCUUCACUCUGCUCUCUGAAAAUUAGAAAAUUAGGGCUGCGCAUUUCAAUGUUCCAGGAAAAGUAUCCAAGAAGAAAGGUUGAGUUGCUUCGAGGCCACACGGGUGUGAAACACGGAGUCACCUUUGACGACGUCACCGGAGAGACAACCUUCCUUCUUGUGAAAAGUCCGUGAGGAGAACAAGGGGCCAGAGGGUCAGGCCAGACAAGACAAUGGCUUGUGCUUGAAAGAAAAUGAUUUAUUCAUCGACAUUACUUGUAACAGUUUGGAAAAAUCUUUUUCUUUUUAAUCUAUACAAAUCUCUCUUAAAAUUUAACACAUAAAAAUCUCUAAGGCCGUGUUUCAAAUGGCCUUCCUUUUUAGUUUUCCAAACCCCACGUUCCCGCACCCUGUUCUCACACGACAAAGUCCUCAAAACUGACGGCGUCGGGGACAGUACGGACUCGGCGGCUUCCGUCGCCAUGGUGCCCUGCGGCGCGUUCCCCCGGGCAGGUGGAGACCCGGGCCGCGUGGGCCGAGGCGCCGCGGCGGUGUAGAGCCGCGGGCUUCCACGCGGACACCGCGCGCGGGCAUGGCCUGGGUGAGGUUCCUGCGGAAGCCGGGCGGCGGCCUGGCGCGGGCCUACCAGCCGGGCAGCCUGCUGUCCCUGGCGCCCACCAAGGGACUGCUGAACGAGCCGGGGCAGAACAGCUGCUUCCUCAACAGCGCCGUGCAGGUGCUGUGGCAGCUGGACAUCUUCCGAAGGAGCCUGCGGGCGCUGACGGGACAUGCCUGCCAGGGGGAGGCCUGCAUAUUCUGUGCGCUGAAGGUGAUGUUUGCGCAGUUCCGGCACAGCCGGGAGAAGGCGCUGCCCUCGGACAACGUGCGGCGCGCCCUGGCCGAGAGCUUCAGGGACGAGCACAGGUUCCAGCUGGGCCUCAUGGACGAUGCCGCUGAGUGCUUUGAGAACAUCUUGGAGAGGAUCCACUUCCACAUCGUGCCCGGCCAGGACGCUGACAUGUGCACCUCCAAGUGCUGCGUCACCCACCAGAAGUUCGCCAUGACCCUGUACGAGCAGUGCGUGUGCCGCAGCUGUGGGGCCUCCUCGGACCCUCUGCCCUUCACGGAGUUCGUGCGCUACAUUUCGACAACAGCCCUGUGCAACGAGGUGGAGAGGAUGCUGGCCCGGCACGAGCGCUGCAAGCCCGAGCUGUUCGCAGACCUGCUGCAGGCCGCGCACACGGCCGAUGACGACAGGCGGUGCCCCAGUAACUGUGGCCAAAGGAUAAAAAUCCGCCGCGUCCUGAUGAACUGCCCCGAGAUCGUCACGAUCGGCCUGGUCUGGGACUCCGAGCAGUCGGACCUGACGGAGGACGUCGUGCGGAGCCUAGCGACGCGCCUCUACCUCCCCGGGCUUUUUUAUAGGGUCACUGAUGAAAAUGCCAAAAACAGUGAACUUGACCUGGUUGGCAUGAUCUGCUACACCAGCCGACACUACUGUGCCUUCACCUUUCACACCAAGAGCUCCAAGUGGGUUUUUUUUGAUGACGCGAACGUGAAGGAGGUCGGCGCGAGGUGGAAAGACGUGGUGUCCAAGUGCCUGCGUUGCCACUUCCAACCCCUGCUGCUGUUCUACGCCAACCCUGAGGGCACAGCCGUGUCCACCGAGGACGCGCUCCGGCAGGUGGUCAGCUGGCCCCCCCACGGGCCCGUCACAGGAAACACGGGAUGUGAGAAACCCUCAGUUUAUAAGUCAGAACAUUGGGAAGAAAAUGGACUUGGGGACCAGGCCAAACAGAGAGAGAAUCAGAAAUUUCAAACAGACGGAACCUCCUGGUGCACCCGGAGCCACGUUCAGACCAGUGGUGGCAGAGGACCAGUUAAGUUAGGUCAUGACGAUCAGAGGGAAAGAAUAAAAGGCAUUUCUAGAGAAUGCGCCCUGAAGGCCCUGCAGCAGAGAAGCCUGCUGUCCCCGCGGAGGGCCGGGCCCGGUCGGCCUGCAGGUCUGCUGGACGAGGAGCUCCCGCCGUUCAAGUCUGGGUCACCUCCUGCCCUGAAUGGCGUCAGGCCAUGGGGCAGCCCACGCCUACCCCACGGGCAAGGCCAGGCGGCCCCGCAGGGUCGCACUGCUGCGCAGACACCGGGUUCAGGUAAACCCCAGGCUCCAGCCGCAGGACAGAAGGUGACCGGCAGAGCCAGGGGUGAGGGCGUCACCGGAUACGACACAGACAGCAGCCAGGACUCUCGGGGUGGAGGGAGCGGCUGUCACAGCAGCAGCAGAAGCCGGAGCCGAGGCUGGAGACCGCUGAGAGAAACGCUGAAUGUGGACAGUGUUUUUAGUGACAGUGACAGGAGGCAGCACAGUCCGAGACGUAAAUCAGGUGUCGGCAACAAACCUCCAUGCAGCAGAGAUCAGAGUCCCCACCGGUGGCCCAACGAGGACCCGAAGCAGAAGUGUUUGGUGACCAUCUACGAGGACGACCCGAAGCCGGAGGUGGGAAGGAGGAGCUCCCCGGGGGGCAGCGGCGCCAAGUGCGGCAGAGGCCUCGGAGAGACCGGAGCCGCCGGCGACACGUGGCAGGGGCAAAGGGCCGAGUCCGGGUACGAGAGCAGCGACCACGUCAGCAACGGGUCCACUCACCCGGACUCCCCGGGCGCCGAGAGCAGCGGGAGCGGCCCCCCGGCGGGUGCGGCCCCCCCCAGUGACCAGAGCAAGAGAGACGACCAAGGUGCAGAGCAUGCGAACUCGUCCCCCCGCCAGAGUAAAAGCCCCCUCGAAGGCUUUAGAAAAGAGUUCAAGAGCCUGGCGGUGGACUGUCACCAGUCUCAGGAGGGCCACCCAGAGUCACGUCUGCAGAUGAAAAACCCUCUGGGGAAAGGGUCACCGGUGCGGGAUGCCAGCGGGAAGCUGCCCCCUUGGUCCAGCCCACAGACUCGCAAGGCCCGUGUGGCCCUGGAGCACGCUGCCCGCCCGGAGGAGCAGCGGCAACUGGACGGCAACGGCACGGGUGCUGGGCGGCCAAGCGCAGGGGACUCUGAGGACACUGGCUUCCUCUCUCACACCGAGGACCUUCCUGCUUCUAGGAGGAGAAGGGGUGACGCCGCUGUCCCACCAGGGAGGACCGCUGCUGGGCUAAAGGAAGACGCUGCCCCCCUUGCCCAGCUGCCCACUGCACUGCAGCCUUGUCCUGCAGUUCUGUGUCCCUGGGAGUCUUGUCCUCCGGAAGGCCCUGCCCACGGGGUCCUGGCCAACUGCAGGCCUGACGCCGCUCCGAUGCCAAAGCUCCUCUACCAGAGUCCACCGCCCCCUCUGCCACCAAAAAAGUAUGCGGUCCCCAGUGUGCCUCCAUCGGGGAAGGACGAGGCCAGACUUCCCGACCCAUGCAGAGCCCGUUCUCCCGGUCCCCCGCAGCCUGGUGCAGGCCUGGCCCCGGAGAUGGGCCCCGGCGUGCGGACGUGCACGAGGGACGGCCGACCCCCGGGGCCUGUGGGCGCCACGUGGGGCCGCCCGUCCAGCCCCGGGGCCAGGGCUGCCCGGCCCAACGCGGGGCCCCCUGUCCCUGCGAGGAGCCAGCCAGGAGUGGCUGCCGGGCCCAGCUGCCCCAGCGAGCCGGUGUCAAUGACCACCUACUUCUCCGUGGACAGCUGCAUGACUGACACCUACCGGCUGAAGUACCACCAGCGGCCCAAGCUCUGCGGCGCGGCCGAGGCCAUAGCGGCUCCAGGACAAGGAGGCCUGGCAGCCACGCCACCAGCCAUCCCGGAGCGCGCUGCUCCGCCCAGCAGAGAGGGGACCGGUGAGGAUGCUCUCGGGCCCUAAGGGCAGCACAGGAACGGACUGACCCAACCAGUGGGACAGGCGGCACCCUGGCAGUUUCAGAGUAUUCUACAGAUACUUGAAUACUUCUCCGAGUAUCCUAGAAGCCCCUUCGUGUAGUCUUGGCAUGCCUCGAGAAGCUGAACACCAGGGGGCGCGGGGUCACCGGCCGUCAGCUGCAGUAGAACGAGAAUCGAAGUCGCUGCUUUAUUCUGUGGUUAGUAGCCCCCUAAGGAUUAGCCGAACCAGCACGUGUGUGUAGGUGGGAAGACGCCACCUGGGGAAGGCGGGGGCGCGGUGGGAAGCAGCGCUUGCCCUGCGGAGACGCCUGGCCUGCUGCUUCCUGGCGUUGGGCGUCUUAGGAAACCGCGGCCUGUGGAGCCGAGGGCGUCGGGGCGAAGAAGCCUUAAUGAUAAAGAAAUUUUUAAAUCCCGUUCUCGAGCUCUGAAUCGGAGACACCGACUCUGCUCCCAGAACGCCCGCCUGCGGACGGUGGUGGGCAGCGCGAGGCCUUGGUGUGCGAGUCCGCACACAGCACUUCUGCCCCGUUCGCUGUAGGCGGUUAAAGUGCUUCAGUCCAUUGGUCAUGUCACAGUUUUCUGAGUUUAUGUGAACAGUUUUCACUUUGGUCUGGUUUACUUUGGGUGGUCAGCACCCAGUGUUCGGGGUUAACCGCUGCCUUGGGCCUGGGAGCCCCGCUGGGGCCACCAGCGUCCCCUGCGGGCCCCUCCCUGCUGCUGGGGUCAGCCCGCCCUGUGCACCUCCCGGUUCCCAGAUAAAAUCUCUGCCUUACAGGAGAGGGUGCAGUGUUGAUGAAAUGCCAUUCCCCUCUCACGGCUGGGCAGGGGAGGGCUCUCCAUUUACAUAAAACAAGGAUUUCCUGGCGUGAUGGUGACCUGACAAGGGUGGCAUGUUACUUCAGCUGCCUUAUUUCAUUCGUUGGCAUUCUGUGCUGUCGUGCGCUGGUAAACUAGCCGUGGCUCAGCCUGGUUUUAUCUCGCCCACUCCAGAGAACUAAGAAUUACAGAAUUAAAAUUUCCCUUGCAUUUGUCAGUGGAUAAAGUCUAUAGAAAUAAUUUGAUAAUUCUAUAAACAAGCUACUAAAGUUAAUGUUUUGGCCAGUUCCGCAAAUUGUUAAAUAUUCCUAAGUGUAAAUGACUAAACAUACUUCUAGACAAAUAGAACGGAAUUACUUAUAAAAAUCUAACUUCACCCAGUUCCGAAAUCUUGGUCAAAGUUGUCUUCCAUCAAGAGAAGUUUUAAGUAGCCUUUUCUAACUACAGCAGCGAUGAUCACUUUCUCUGAAUUUAGAAUUACUUGAAUCAACCCAAUUAAAUUUUAUCUUUUAAGAAAGCUUAUUUUUUAACAUAACUUUUAGUAUGGAACAUUUGUAAAUACUGUAAACUUUGUAAAAUAGUAUUUGAAAUAUCAGCAUAUAUAAAUAUUGCUUUUAUAACAUCGUAAAAUACUAGAAAAUGGGCUUCAAGUAUUUUUAAUAGCUUUUGAAGACUUUUUUAUUUUGUCAGGCUGUCCAGUUGAAAUGUAUUAUUUGAAAUAGUUAAAUAAUUUGAUAUUUAACAGCAAUCUCAUACAUUUGUAUUUUCCGCUCACAACUGAACUGCAGACAUCAACCAGAAACGUCCCGUUUGGGCUCUUUCUAAAGCCCUGUCCCGUGGAGGCCUCCUGAGUCACGUCAUAGUGCGGACAGACAGACAGCAGCCACUCGUUCUGUGCUGAUCAACACUCCAAAUGCAGUUGGAAUGCACAUUGAGUAACUAACAAUUCACAUGUAAACUUUCAUUUUUAUUGUGCUUGUUUAUUUUUACAGGUGUUUUCUUCUGGUUACAAGCUUAUUGUGAUAAUCUUUGAAAUAAUGCCACCAAUUGUAAUGUUCAAGAUACUGUACUAGUCUCCCAGAUGACUUCUAUUUUCAU